AUGUCCUCUGUUCCGCCGCCGGGCUCAGCGCAGUCCGUACCCCCGCCGCUCGACUCGUCGUCGGCCCCGUUGUCCUGGGAGGGCGAUAAGAUGUUCAAUAUCUACAUCUACGACUACUGCUACAAGCGAGGAUUCCGAAAAACAGCUAGAGAACUGCUCGUCGAGGCAGAGAUACCACCGGAAUCCCAGCCUCCGAUCAAUGCCAGACAGGGCCUGCUAUUCGAGUGGUGGAGUGUGUUUUGGGUGCUGUUCACAGCAAAGGCGAAUGGGCAUGGGACAGAAGAUGCGAUGAUUUACACACAGCAUCAAUCUCAACAAGCAGCGAAUCGACAGGCGAUGCCGCGUCCGCCACAGCCACCGCAACCGCCGCCUUCGAUGAACCCUCAGCCACCUAUGCAACAACAGCCUAUGGUUCGAGGCAUGAACGGAAUGCAGCAAGGACGACAAUUUAUGCCUAAUGGUACUAUGCCAAACGGCGUCAAUUCUGCCCCCCUGCCCCAGGGACACUUGCAGCCAGGCCCAGGACCUUUUCCUAUGCCUGGCGCUCCCAUGAAUGGUCUUCCAGGUCCCCCAGGUCAGCAACCACCACCACCGGGAGUACCUGCGGCGCAACCCCCGAACUAUCAACAGAUGCUUCCGGGACACCAACGACCAGGCGGACCUCAACAACGGCCGGCAAAUGGGAUGCCGCCCUUUCAGUCGCCCACUCUGAGCCAUUCUCAUUCUCCACACACAGGUCCCCCAGGUCAACCGCUCCAACAGCAACCUCAAGGUCAGCAGCCGCCGCCACACGCCCAACCACCGAUAGGCCAGAUGGGCCCUUCCCCACAUAUGCCUCCAAAUCGGGGCAUGCUUCCUCCGAAUGGACCUCAGAUGAAUCCAGGCCAACAACAAGGACCAAUAGCGUCUUCGUCGUACCCACUAGCCCGGCCACCUAGUCGAACUAACACACCUGGUCAAGGCGGUAUGAUGACGCAUCCUAGUCCCUCUAUGAUGCCUCGCCAACCCAUGGGUCCGAUGGGCCCCGGGACGGACCAACGGCAUGUUCAAGAGCAGAGUUUUCUCUCAGAGAUCAUACGCAUACCGCCCAACCUCGUGAGCCAGCUGAAACAGGAACUUGGUUUGGACGGUAAAGAGCCUAAUGCAAUGACAUUCGAUGAAAAGCGGCGUCUUGUCGAGGCUCAUCGACAACGUUCAACAGCUCGGAAUCAGAAGCCUAACCCGACCCCCGGACCUUCGAAUCCCAUGAUGCAACCGCCAAACCAACGCAAUGUAGCACCGCAGCCUCCUGGAGCAAGACCAACGAAGAGAAACAGCACAUCUCCGGGAGAAGAGCCGGAACAACCACGGACAGAGUCGUCACCUCCAGAUCGUAAACGUCCUCGGCGGUCACCCGUAGGACAACCGUCAUUACCGUAUCCUCCACAUGGUCAACAUCCCCAGCCCCAACCAUCGCCUAUGGGAGUGGGACCUGGUGGUCCACCCCCACAGCAAGGGCAACCACCUCAAAUGAUGAAUAACAUGAUGAGGCCGAUGGGUGGGCAACCAAUGAAUGGUGGUUUCCAGCCAGCAGGAAUGCAAAUGGCACCAAAUACAAUGGGAAUGUCAAUGGGACAAAUGAGUGGCGGGCCCAUGGGUGGUACGAUGAGUCCUGCCAUGAGUGCUUUACCGGGACAAGGGAUGAUGAAUUCUCACAUGCAACCAAUGCCCAACAUGCCCAACCGCGAUGGGCAGAACCACUAUCGACCGCAGCUACACCCGAUGCACAACCGCAAUAUGCCUGGCAACGCCGCUUCGCCUGCUUCGGACCCCAAUUUCUCACAAGGACAGCAGGGGCCACCGCCACCUGGGCCGGGUCCACAGUUUAACCCUGCCCCUGGUCCUAAUAACAGGAUGCAGCAGAAGCCAAUGGGUAUGAUGCCUCCGCCGUCACCAGGGAUGAACAAGGAUCAAGGCGGGCAGAAGGACGCUGGCAAGCCUGAUGGAUCACCACAUGCUCCGCCUGGGCCCUCACGGACGCCUAAUUCGGCCGCCACAGCUCCACCGACGCCUGCGCCGAACCCCGCCCAGACCGCCCCUUCGCCCUCCCAGAUCCUGGGCAACCCAUCCUCGUCGAAUGGUGGUGGUCCAUCGGCUCCGUCCUCCGCGCCUACGGAUAUGUCAGCGGCGCUUUUCACGCCCGAUUUCAUACAAAGCGUGGCCAACUCGUUGGACGAGUUUGAUCCUUCCUUCCUAAGACCCGACGGAGACAUCAAUUUUGAACGUGACUUUGGACAGUGGUUUAACCAUCCAGACGACGUUGGCGGAGCACUAGAUUUGAAGUGA